UGGAGUGCAUAUUUUGAAACUAUGAGCGGCGAGCGGGUGGGAAUGACCAGUUGCGGCGUUUUACAUUGAUGCGUCUGUGCGCUUACAUUGAAAGUCGCUUCCGCUCGAGCUUAAGAGGCGGUGAAAACGGCGAUCGAUAUGGGAUCUGCUUUGUCGUACCACAGCCGUUCGCGAAAUAUUACGAUCAUUCAAAACAAGACUUCUCAAGAGCAGAGAAGCCUACCCGUUGUUGUGGCUUUGAGUGAUACGGAGAACAACACUGGAAAAUACCCUCAUUUGUCAGACGCUCUUUUGCUAAAGAUUUUCUCACAUUUUACAAUUGAGGACUUGAUGCGCAUGUCUUGCGUCUGCCAGCAGUGGCGCCGCGUGAGCCUGGACCCAAGUUUGUGGCAAAGCAUUGAUUUGUCCUCUUGUGCCCACCCGCGAAUCCGUGACAGGACCGUUAUUUGUUUAGUUUCGCGCGUUACGUCCUCUGCUAUCACGUACAUUGACCUAUCAGGACCUGGGUGUUUGCGUCUUACAAACGUCAGCUUGUUUCACAUCGCCCGUCAGUGUCACAAACUUCGCAAACUUUACAUCUGCAAUCGUAAUCGAAUCACGAGCACUGGAAUCGAGAUGAUAGCACGACAUUGCCCUUAUCUGGAAGUCCUCGGAAUGUCGAAGUGCCCUCUGAUACUAUCCCGAGGACUCGGCUUUGUUUUGCAUCGCUCGAAGCUGCUACGAGAACUGGACAUUAGUGGAUGUCUGUGGGUCACUAAUGCGGUUCUCGUUGAGAUCGGACAGCUUUGUGUUUGUUUAGUUUACCUCAGUAUCGAAGGCUGCAAAAAGGUCACGGAUUACGGUAUAGUCUCCCUUGCGAACUCGUGCACCACCUUAAAACACAUCAAUUUACGAAACACUAAACGAAUCUCCAACGCAGGAAUGGAACAAUUUUUAACCAAGCUGCCUAACCUAGAGGGUCUAGAAAUUGGUUUAGUCCGUAAAGGUCGUGGAACCGCUGCCAUGUUGAACCUUGUAGCGACACACUGCAAGAACCUUACAUUUUUUGAUUAUCAAGAGUGUCUUCCUACCCCUGUGGAUGAUGUUCUUUGUCAGAUCGCUGAACAGUGUCAGAGAUUGCGCUUCAUGGGAGUCAGAUAUCAGUACCAGACUCUCUCCAAUAACUUGAUACUCUCUUUGACAAAGUUGUGUCCAAGCUUAGUAAGAAUUGACGCAAGUUUGCGCUUUUAUAUAUGAAAACAUCUGCACUGAACUGAAAAGGUGGUCUGAAGUAAGCCUCGCG